UUAUCGAGUUUCAGAUCUGAAAUUUCAAAGGAAUAACUAAUGGCAGCAGAAGAUGUAAAGCUCAUCGGGAUGUGGGCGAGCCCCUCGGUCGUGACAGCAAGAAUCGCUCUAAAUCUGAAGGGUAUCGAGUACGAACUUCUCAAAGAAGACCCCUGCAAGAAAAGCGAGCUUCUUCUUAAAUCUAACCCUGUCUAUAAGAAGUUCCCUGUACUCAUUCAUGGCGGCAAGCGCAUCUGCAAGUCCCAUUUGAUUGUUGAAUACAUCGAUCAAGUCUGGUCCUCUUCCGGCUUUCCCAUCCUUCCUGCCGACGCCUACGACCGCGUCACCUCUAUCUUCUGGGCCACCUACAUCGACGACACGUUGAAUUCUCAGAUUGGGGAGUUGAUGUUGAAUGAGGAUGAGAAAAGCAAGGCAGAAACGGAGGAGCAACUCUUUACCGCACUGCAGCUGUUUGAAGAGACUUUCGUUAAGAGCUAUAAGACGAAGACUCCGCGGUUGGUUGAGUGGGCGGAAUGCUUCUGCUCCGUCAAGGCCGCGAAGAAGGUGCUUCCGAAGCUGAAAAACUGGUGGAGUUCAGGACAUUUUUGA